ACGGCCAGACUUAUGGUAGUAGCGUAGAAUGGUAUUUUAUUGGUAAUCCUGACAUAGUAAGACCCCUAUACACCAUAGAAUUGGAUUUUCUAAUGGUUGUAUGGUAGAUGGAAUGGUAGUUCAGGGGAACUCCACAUUCCAUUGAAGCUACAGAGUGUGAUGUUUAUCCUAUGGUGUGGAUAAGCCUUUAUGGUUUUGCAGGGCACUAUAGACACUUUGUCUCGGGGACAUAGGGGUGAUAAUCUGUAGGCCUUGUAAACAAGGGCACCAUUGUGCUCUGGGCUGGGUCAGGACAGUCAGGAGAGGCCAGGGCGCUGUCGUGGCACUUGUGCCACAGUUCAGUACUACCUGUCGUCGAACAUGGACGUUCGCGAGGGUUUAUCUUGGGUAUAUUCCCGGAAUUCCGGUUAAAAUCGUACUGAAUUCCGUGUGACCAUACGAAGUAGACGAGACAUGGGUCUACGCUCUUCGUAUUCUCUAAGGGGAGAAAUUGGACUCGUCAGGAGACGAGAGAACUCACUUGUAUAAGUAAGUACACUAUUAAAUGUACGAAGUUAUUUCAUGUGUUUAUAAUAACCAAUUUAGAUAAUACUGAAAUAAGUGAAAUAUACAAAAAGGGAAGUCACACGUAAAAUUGGACGUAUUAUUCUUAUAACAAGCACUGAGCCCGCUCCGGGGAGAGUGGAUUAAAAAUCUAUUAUCCAGUGCCCUGUACGCAGGAAUAUAUUUGGGUUAUAUUCCACUUAUUACCCACCUUACUCCAGGGAGUGUCUGGGGUGGUAAGAGAAGUAUAACCUCAAAUAGAGCACUAGGUAACAGUUGGUGGCAGCUAUUGGGAUAAAUAUAGUGUUUAAUAAGAUAUAAUACAUUUUUUUAAAGCAAUCUUUCUCAGAAGAGCAGCUCGUAGACGACGAACACCAAAGGAAGAGUGUGUGUUCAUAUGUGCGUGAGUACGUGACGUCACGAGAGCGAGCGAGAGCGUGAUUGGACGCCAGAGCAGGGUAUGAGUCCGUGAGAGGAAAGAGUGGGGCUCAUUGGCUCAAGUGAGAAAGAGGAAAGAAAACGGGGUGUGAGUGGCGCAAACGCGUGAGGGAAGCGUGACCGGUGACAGUGGAGUAAGGAUCAGCGCGGAUCGAGCCUCCGCUGUAAUGAGUCAUAGUAAAUUUAUGCUGCUGGAGCGCAUGAAUGCAUGAACCAAUAAAAUAUUUCUUUUUGAUAUAUAUAACUGAAAGUAACUUUUGAUUGAAUAUACAUAAGUAAUUAAUGCAUGCAACUUGAUAUAAUUUUAAGCGGUUAUAUAUAAAUCAUUGGUCUUUAAUAAAUUUCUUGCAGGUGCAAGUGUUUAAAGUGUUUUAUAGGGUAAAAGUGUUAGAAGUGUCUUACUAACAUAUCACAACAAAACUUACCGACCAUUCCAGGAUAUAUAUUUCUGAUAUUACAUUGAUUGUGGCUCUCUUGAUUAAUUGGUUUAAGGUAAUAAUUUUGUUCCCUCAAAGUGAAAGUGUUGUGCACUGGGAAAUAUUAAGUAACUAAGUAGUACCUGUGUUCAGUGACUUUGAAAAAAAAAGACAAUAAAACGCAAGAGAGUUGCGAGAGCCGUUGGCUUGACUCUACUUGUUGUUUUAAGUGGGAAUUUGCAAGUAGGCUGCGAGGGCCGUGUGCCUGGCUGACGCUUGCGAUUCCAGGAAGUGAUAAUACUCAAAACAUAAAAAGGGAUACGGAUCCCUAGGACACUGAAAAUUUAUGCAGUACUACCAGGUAGUGUGAGUGUGCGUGCAAGAGGGAAACAAAAAACGAAGGUAUACAGCUGCGACGGGCAGUGGCGAAUUACCAAGAGUCUCGGACGUGGGCAGAGACGGUUGACGAAAUGGAACAGGAAGUUGAAGAUCUGAGGAGAGAGGUGGAACUGCUGAGAGCUGAGCGAGCUGAUCAGCGAGGAGCGCCUCGACUUUCGGUGCCAGAUUCCGUGGAAGGUGCCGUAAGGGCGACACCAGUGGAAAUGGUGCAGAGAAAUCGCUGUGUCCCUAUGUUCAAAGGAAAGGAAGAUGAACUGACAGGAGGCGAAUGGAUCACCCGUGUUGAGUCCGAAAUAGAACGGACCGCAAUCCAGGGAGAUGCCGCGAAGGUAAACUUUGCAGUCAGUUACAUCCACCCCGACCAGGGGAGGGCAAAGAAGAUUGCCCAAAUGAUGACCUCUGAAUACAUCUCGUGGGAGGAGUUCAAGAAAGGUAUUCUGGCUCAAUUCUCCCAGAAGAAGAAGGUUUGGGAUGAAUACCUAAGAGAUGCCGAGAGAUAUAAGGACGAGUCCUUCGAAGAGUGGAGGAAUAGCGACAAAGCUAUCGAAAUGAAUUUCACUCUUUUAAGAGUGUGGCCUUUUCCAGUGGAUAUGUUCUUCUCCAUAACCAUGCGAGCUUUGGCAACAACUAUGGUAGGCUGUGCUUUGGAUAAGUACAAAAUAGGAGAAGAAUGGGAUAUACCAAAGUUAAGGACCAUAUCAUACUCUCAGAUCAUGGAAGAUUUUAGGAGAUGGGUGGAAAAGAACCCAGAAAAGGAUUUACAGUUCCAAUCAACUCUCCGACCUAGAUUUAAAACAGGUGAUACCGGGAAGGUUCGGUUGGCAACUGUAAGAGAAGAACAACCAAGGGAAACUCAGAAGAGAGAUCCCUCUGGGCAGAAAGGAAGUAAGUACUUCUGUGAUGUUCAUGGUUGGAAUAACACACAUCCCAAGGAUCGAUGCUGGAGCCUCAAGAAAAGAGGACUACCAGCAGGCGGGAGAACCAAGGUUGGCCAAGGGGUUCAACAUUCACGUACGUCGAAGUCGACAGGAGCCAGACCCAAGAACCCCGCAAAGCUUAAAUGUUUCCUCUGUGAAGAGGAGGGACAUAUGGUCAUAAACUGUCCACUGAAGAAAAGUUAUUAUGCUAGCAAAGAGUCAAAAAACUCUUCGGCUCCGUCCCAGGGGGACGGCAACGAAAAGGAAUAAAAGUAAAAGAUAAAAUGGUACGGGCAGGAGUUGAACGCCUCAUCAUUCCUAUUUUAGCGUCUUCUCUUCCCAGAUACCUAAUGACUAAGGUAAAGGUACCUAAUAGUCGAAAGUCUUUUACUGCAGUUUGGGACUCCGGGGCGAGCCCAACA